AUGGCUGAGCAAGGAGGAAAUACUGGUAACACACACACUUCUCCUCCAGCUCCCUUACCUGAAUUCAAACAUAGCUCUCUGCCCUUCCCUCCUCCAAAACCUCCAGUUAUUCAUCCUAUUCUGGACAACAAAAAGAAGCCUAAUCCCUUUGCUCCUAAAGUUCCAAAGAAUCGGGUUGAAAAGCCUAAACAUGCUGAACAUGAAGUAAACAAAGGAGAUACUGUUGAAGUUCUCAACACUUCCGCACAGGUCUCUGACACCACCGUUGAAAAACCACAAGCGCCACCUCAAAAAGUUGUUGAAAAGUUGCCAGAAGCUCCAGUCGAAAGAAAGCACUCCGAAGUAAAAGCUGAAGAGGUUGAGAAGAAAAUCAUAGAGCCUGAGCCAUACUCUGAAAUUCAGCCUGAGCAACACGUUGUUCAAUCUGUUCAUGAAGAAGUCCAACACGAUGCCACGAAUAUAAUUGCUGAGCCAGAUACAGAAACAAAAGUGGAAGAGGUGAAAAAAGAUGAAAUGAAACAGCAAAAAACGGAGCAAAAAGAAGUUGAAGCUAAGCAGAAUGUAACAGCUGAACAGGCGAAAGUUCCUCUUGGAGAUGAUAGAAUUGAUAUGAGCGCAGGAUUGAUGGGUUGGAUUUCAAAAACUAUGACAGAAAGCAAAAUAUUAUCGGAUGUUGCUAGCAAAGCUCGGUACGGAAUGGAACAAGUUAUCAUCACUCUCGAUCCUGGAAUGAAAGGAUUUCUGGCAAGAGAUGGUGUUGUUGAUUUAUACACGGCGGUAGAAGAUCACACUCAAAUUCGAGCCGUUCAAGAAGGUUUUGAAAAGGUUUUCGCAAACGUACUGGUGCGCAAUGUUCCUGCUGCUAAAGGUAAUUUGCCUGAGACUGUCUACGGUUCACCAUACUCGUUACAAAUCUGUCGCCAGAGAGCAGAUCGAAUCAUCCAAUCGAGACUUGUUCCAGCGGAUGCUGUUGUUCUCGUUUUCCAACCGUUCAUAUUCCACUUGGAUGACAAGCUGUAUGCAUCAACUCGUCUCUUCUUGAAAUGGAACAAUAACGAAUUCGAUUCUCUCAGUCAACUUCUCGAUGUUGAUAAUUCAAUCCUUGAAGUCUUAAAGGCACGAAGUGUUAUGGAAGGAAUGUCGACGAAUGAUUUUCCCAUAAGCCUGUUCACGGCUGCCCAAGAGGUUUACGCAAUAAAAGAAGAGAGUUGGACAGGACCCCCACCUCCUUUCAAUUCAGCUGAGCUUCUCAUGCCAGCUGCCUCACUGGUGGCGCUCAAUUUCAUGAAUUCAUCCUUGAAAUCUAAUAAGUAG